UUCGUUCUGCUUUGCAAUGUGAACACAAGCGUAGUGAUUUCAGGUGGAGUUUUACCCGUUGAUAUUUGUUCAUCUACUUCGGCACACAGGAACCAGUGCCGGUGAUGAUUUUUUUCUCGCCGAGGGAAACCUGCAUUCGUCCUUGACCGCUGUGAACAGAGAAAACCUCCAUGACUGUAAAGCAAUACACACCCAUCAUGUCAAAUCGGAAUUGGGAGGUUUUUCCUGGGAGAAACAAAUUUUAUUGUGAUGGAAGGAUUAUUAUGGCGAGGAAUAACGGCGUCUUUUACUUUACGGUUGUGCUCAUUGUAGUUACUAGCGGACUUUUCUUUGCAUUUGAUUGUCCAUUCUUGUUUGAUAACGUUUCACCAGCUGUCCCAUUUAUUGCAGCCUGGUUAUUUAUUUUUGUUAUGUCAACAUUACUUCGAACGGCAUUCAGCGAUCCUGGAAUUGUACCAAGGGCGUCUGCUGAAGAGGCCGCAUAUAUUGAAAAAACCUUAGAAUCUCCUAAUCAAGAUCCACAAACUUACAGACCACCUCCUAGAGUGAAGGAGAUAACAAUAAAUGGACAAGCUGUCAAACUUAAAUUUUGUUUUACUUGCAAAAUAUUUAGACCACCCAGAGCAUCGCAUUGCAGUAUGUGUGACAACUGUGUAGAACGGUUUGAUCAUCACUGUCCCUGGGUUGGUAACUGUGUAGGAAAGAGGAACUACAAGUUUUUCUUCAUGUUUCUAGUUUCAUUGUCAAUCUACUGCUGUUAUCUCUUUGCUUUUGUUGUAACACAUCUUGUAAUGUUAUCUCAAGGUGAAGAGGAAUCAUUUAUUUCUGCUAUGAAACAGUCACCUGCUAGUAUCUUAGAGGCCAUUAUUUGCUUUUUUUCUAUUUGGUCAAUAGUUGGAUUGACCGGUUUUCACUCAUAUUUAGUUGCAUCUAACCAAACUACAAAUGAAGAUAUUAAAGGAUCAUUUUCCUCACGGAGUGGUCAAGGAAAUACAAAUCCCUAUAGCCAAGGAUCACUUUGGAAAAACUGUGCUGAAGUUCUUUGUGGGCCAUUUCAUCCUAGUUUAAUAAACAGAAGAGGAGUCAUUAUACCUGAACCUCCAGAAUCAGACAAGUAUGGAGCAGUAAGGACAACAACAGCAGCACCUAUGUCUCCAACACAGUUAAGCUCAACAAAUGGUGUUAAGCAUGAUGCCAAGAGAGCAGAAGAAGACAACUUACUGCCAAGAGCCCAAGACCAAGACAGUCUUCAGGCUGACAGUGAGAAGGGAAUUGUUAAAUUGAGUAGUGUCUAAGAAAGUGCAUGCUAGUUAAUCAGCGAAACAGGGCACUUAGAAACAGAAACAGUAGUGUGAACCACUUGUAGAGGUGGCAAACAAAACAUAGACAGGUGGCAGUUGCUCAAAAUCUCAAAAACACUGUGUAUAAUAGGUAGAGUAAUAAAGCCAUUGUCUAAUAAACUCAGUGAAAACUAAAACUAAAUCAUUAACUUUACUGCUCAUCGAACACUCAAUUGGAUGGAGGAAUGUGUUACCCAUCUCAAGUGCCGAGAUGGAUCUUGGGGUCUCAAAGUGAAUCAAAGUGAAAGAUAGCAUGCAAAUAUAGUGGCUGAUUAUCAAAAUUCAAUUUUGACUCCAGCCUAGUAGUUAAUAAUUAUUACUGCAUUGUAUCGUGUUUUUCAGUUUCCAUUGCAUUUUAUCAUCACUGAAAUGUUAAAACAAAAACCUGUACUUACAGUAUUGUGUCAACUAUAGAAGUAUCAUCCAGGGGUUUUAAUUCAAAGUGGCUGUGGAAUAUUAGUCUGCAUUAGUGGGUCACACAUUCACACAUUUAUCACCAAAUGGGUCUGUUUUUCAUAUCCAAUGUACAAAUAUGUAGUAGCUUUCUCUUGUCAUACUUAUUUUAUUUACAUCUAAUGGUAACAGGUCAACACUGAGGCUUUCAAACCAUAAGUCUUUACUUAUUUCUGAAUGGGCUUGUAAUUAAUUUUGCCAAAUUUGUAAGCUUCCCCUGUGACUGAAUGUACAGGGUUGUAUCAGAGUUUUUAGGAAGGAAGCUUUUUGAUUGGAAUUAGCCGGCAUGGAAUUAGUAGCUGGCUGGGAUAAUGAAGUAAACAGAGCUUCUCACCAGUGGCCAACUACUUUUGGCAAUUCCGGUAUAGCUAGUUGUUGAGAAUUGACAGCCACCUUAUUUUAGGAGUAGUCAUAGAUUGGGAAUGUGCUUGUGUUCUCAAGUUCAAUUUUCAUUGUUAAUUUUCAUUAGUCAUAAAAAUAAGUGAAAAUAGUUAUUUAUAGAAUUUACAGAUUGUGUAGUUCAGAAAAUCUCCAUUCUUCCCCACAGAAGGGAUUAGAAUUUCCUGGGAGGUGAGGGGGUAAGGCCAGAAAUUUUAAAGAAAUGUGUCAAGCUUACUUGGGAUUUCCAGAGGGUUUUUUUUUUG